AGUUCCGCGCACUGUAAGCAUCCCUUGGUCAAAAUGGCGGCGUUGGCGCUGAGGAGCGCUUUGGUCCCGCAAGUCCUGCCGGAGCGCUGCUACGACGAGUUUUUCGUCAACUUCAACCUCUUGCACAUUCCAUGCCUCAAAAUCCUCAUCAGCAAAGCUCUUGGAUUUGCCAUUGUUGCUGGUUCUCUGAUGGUGAAGUUGCCCCAGAUCUUCAAGAUCCUGGGGGCCAGGAGCGCCGAGGGCCUGAGCUUCCAUUCCAUCCUGCUGGAACUGACAGCCAUCACUGGCACCAUAGCCUACAGCAUCGCCAACAGCUUCCCCUUCAGCUCCUGGGGCGAGGCGCUCUUCGUCAUGAUGCAGACCGUGGCCAUCGGGUUCCUGGUGCAGCAUUUCGGGGGGCACACGGCCCGCGGGCUGUCCUUCCUGCUCGUCUAUUUCGGCAUCCUCUCCCUCCUGCUGUCCUCCCUCACCCCCGUGGGAGCGUUGACAGCCCUCCAGGCUUUCAAUAUGCCUGCCGUCGUCAUCAGCAAGCUCCUGCAGGCAGCCACAAACUACCGCAACGGGCACACGGGGCAGCUGUCGGCCAUCACGGCCUCCCUGCUUUUCGCGGGGUCCCUGGCGCGCAUCUUCACCUCCGUCCAGGAGACCGGCGACCCGCUCCUGGCCCUGACCUACGUCGUCUCCUCCGUGUGCAAUGGCGUCAUCAUGGGACAGCUCCUCUACUACUGGGACGCCCCAGCGGACAAGCGCAAGAAGGCGUAGCCGGAGCCCCUCUCCCGGCUCGGGCAGGAGCCCCGCGAGGCCGGGGAAGCACCGCGCCCCCCGGCCGUAGGGACACGCGCCCGCUGGCCUCGCGGGCCCCCCUUCGCACG